AUGGAACUUGGAAGGAGGAAUACCAAGAAAUACACUUUCAAAUGUCCUGACUUAACAGAGCUGAAGAAGCUUGGUUCUAUGAUAGUUAGUCCAGAGGAUUUCAGAGCUCAGUAUGGAAGACUUAUGGGUAUCUUGAAGACCAAGGUUGAAGAUGGAGUUCUCAACACACUGGUACAGUUUUAUGAUCCACUCUACCAUUGCUUCACAUCUCCAGACUACCAGCUUAUGCCUACUCUAGAAGAAUACUCUUAUUGGUUUGGUUUGCCAGUCUCUGACAAAUUACCAUUCAGUGGUUCAGAGAAGACCCCUACAUCAGCAGCUAUUGCAGAAGCACUUCACCUAGAAAUGUCUGUUGUGAAGGACAACUUCACUAAAAAAGGAGGGAUUCUAGGUCUAACCUCUAGAUUCCUGUUGAAGAAAGCCUUUAUCUUUGCAGAAGCAGAUAACAGAGAUACCUUUGAAGACAUAUUUUCUCUACUCAUUUAUGGAAUUGUACUCUUCCCAAACAUUGGUGACUUCGUGGAUGUUAAUGCUAUACGAAUCUUCUUAAUUGGUAACCCAGUGCCCACAUUACUUAGAGAUACCUACCAUUUUAUCCAUCACAGGACUACGAAAAGUGGUGGAACCAUUAUUUGUUGUGCACCUCUCCUAUAUAAGUGGUUUAUUUCUCACUUGCCCAGAUCUAGGCUCUUCAGGGAGAAUCCGCAGAAGCUCAGAUGGUCUCAGAGGUUCAUGCCUAUUGAUCAAGGGAGUAUACAUUGGUAUGACCCCUCAUAUGAUGUUGGAGUAAUUAUUGACAGUUGUGGUGAAUUUCCUAAUGUACCUCUCCUUGGUGUACAUAGGGGAAUUAACUGCAACCCUAUCCUUGCCAUACGCCAGUUAGGAUAUCCUAUGGUGGAUAAACCUGAUAACCUUCUGUUGUCAGGUUUCUUUUACCUCAAUGAAGAAGAGAGUUCCGGUCUGAAGGACAGAAUCAUACAUGCUUGGUGCAACAUUCACAAGAAAGGAAAAGACCGAUUAGGAAGAAAGAAUUGUGUUGCUUUUAAGCCCUACACCCAAUGGGUUUGUGCUAGAGCUAGUGAAUUUAAGAUGCCCUAUGCUCUUGAGAAACCUUCAUUCCCUUUUGUUAUAACAUCAUCGUCCACCAUUCCUAUUGAGAAUAGGGAAGAGUUUCAAGAAGUUUUGGAUAGGUUGAAAUUGGAAAGAGACACUUGGGAAGCUGUGAAGAAACAGGAGGAACAAGAAGGUUUACUUCUCUCUAAAGUCCAGUCAUUUCAUGAGUACUCCAGCAUACCUCCUACCUCAGGUGCUUGGAAGGGAAUCAUCGACAAGCUUAUGAUCGAGAAUGCUCAGCUAAAGAGGCAGAAAAGGAAGCACCAGCCAGAAGCAGGACCUUCUACAUAUGAGAUUCCUUAA